AUGGGUAGUUUCAAUAAUGGUGAUGAAAGCUAUGGUCAAGAUAACUCUCGUACAACAUUAACAUUUAAAAUGCAACUGGUUAUAAAUAAAAUCAAACCAUAUUUAUCAUCAAUCGAAGAUUUACCAAAUUUAAUCAAACGUCUAAAUGAUUUAGGAGUGGAAUGUAUUGAUGAUUUAAAAUUAUUGGAUUUUGAAAAUGAUCUACAAGGUAUAAUUAAAGUAAUCCAGUGUCGUAAAUUAAAACUAGAACUGUCUAAAGAUGUUACAAUAGAUGAAAAUAUUGAUACUCCAUCUGUAGAACUCGAAAGUUCCUCUUUGACACAGUCAAAUACUUUAAACAGAUCUCCACAGUUCAGAAGAUCUAUAACAAAAUCUUUAGAGACAGAAAGAAAAUUGGAAGAACAAUUUCCAAACACAAUACUAAAUAGAGAAUCUGGGUCCAAUGCAGAACAUACUCCAAUGUCUAUGUUACACGAUAUCUAUCAUUUAAAAAGAGAUAGAAGUUUAGAAAAAAGGCAGCAAAAUAAUAGUAAUCCUUUAGAAACAUCCAUCCAAAAAAAAUUCAGAUUUGCAACUGAACUUGAGCGAUAUGCUCCAACUUUACAACUGGAUAAGGAAACCAUAAGUAUUCAAGAUCAAAAGAAAACCUGGUUAAAAACAAUGUAUAUAGUACAUUUUGURACAAAUGUAUCAAACAGAAAUGAAAUAUCGUGGRGCAAAAUCAUCAAGUAA